UUUUAACUCGACUUUUCUAACUUAUCCAUUUCGUUAUUGCAUUCGAAAGCUGUUGUUAUCUAUUUAUAUUGAAUAUUUAAAAUUUCAGUUUAUUGUAUCAACUUAAGUUCAUUUUCAAUCUAUUCAUUUAGUGAUAAAAACAAAAAAGUAUCAACAAGUAUGCAAGAAACGCGGUCGUUCUUCAUUAAAGAUCUCUUAAGUGAUGUUAUAUCAAACUCAAAAAAUCCAGAACACAUUUUAACGAAUAAUGUUGAAAUACUUGAGGAUUCACAAGGCGAGAGCAAUAAUAUAACGAACACGACGGACAAGUUAUCACUCGUAAAUACUUCAUCGGAACAAAUUUUGGACGAUAUCACUACCAAUUCGAAAGGUAGAAAGCCGAGAAGGAGAAGAACUGCAUUCACCCACGCUCAACUGGCUUACCUCGAGCGCAAGUUUCGUUGUCAAAAGUAUCUUUCAGUAGCCGAUCGGAGUGAUGUCGCCGAUGCUCUUAAUUUGUCCGAAACACAAGUGAAAACUUGGUAUCAAAACAGGAGAACGAAAUGGAAACGACAAAAUCAAAUUCGACUAGAACAGAUUCGACAACAUACAUCAGUAGAAUCGGAAUAUCUAACGGCAACAUCAACUGCAUCGUCACUUAGAAAUACAGAAGACGCAUCCGGUUGUUGCUCGUCAUUAGCCGCACGGUUUGGAGCUCAGUCUCCCUGUAGCUUCCUCACAACAGCAGCGGCAGCAGCUAUUUUCCAUAAUGUCACGUAUAUUCACGGUUGUCAAAUGUAAAAAGAAAAAAAGGUAUUAUGUGUUUCUUUUAUUUGUUAGGAAAUGUGUCUUGAAGUUACCCGAAAUUUUAUACAUAUCUGCAGCUACUCAUAUAAAUACACACUUCUGUUUUUCAAAUACUAUGUAUUGUACACGCGCUUUAACGUGACACAGAAGCAAUAAAAGUGGGACGGUACAUGGGCACUGUCAGUGCCACACUGAGAAUGGAAUUAGCCUCUCAUAUUCACUCCUAACCUUUAGUAGUAAAAAUUAAGGAGAUUGUAAGACUGUAUCAAAACGGCCGUGAUAUGUGCAAUAAAGAACAAAAUAUUUAUUAAUAAUAUCUAAUAUUAUGAUUAAUCCAAACUCAAACCAAAGAAAAUUUAUACAGGGAAGGUAAUUAUAAAAGUUUGACAUUUUUUAAGUCUGAUGGAAGUGAAUUAAAUAAAGAAUCCCAAAACAUUAAUGUUUCUUUUAAAUGGUAGUGAUAACAUUAAAUCGAUUAAACCCCCUUUUAAAAAAUAUUUGAUGCAUCCCAAUUUAUAAUAUAAGAGCGUUUCAUAACUAUAAUAAUUUACUCAUAAUACCUGCUCAACUUAUUAAUUGGACAAGUGAAGGUCUAGCAGUACUCAUAAGUCAAAAACAUUACAAAGAUUUCUUUAGAUUUAUUGCUCUUAUACCACGUUAAAGCGCGACAAUAAUACGUUUACCAGAGUGGCGAGUUUAAGAGAAAGCAAAUGAAUAGUUACCACCUAGGUUGGCUCCACAAAAAUGACAAUUUUUGCAGUUCUGUCAAGUUUCUUUUUUGACAGACAUGUUUUAUAGUCACAAUCUCACAGUAGAUCGUAUAUCCAACAGUAACUGGAUUUUUGUAUAAUAAAACUUAUUUAUACAUAUACUACCUAUAC